AGGACAGGAGGACUAUAACAGGUGGAAUUUUAUGAGAGUGAGAUACUUGAUUUUAUGUUGGUAUUUUAGGCAUAAAAACAUGGGGCGCAGUAAGGAUAUGUUUGAAAGAAAAAAUGCUGAACUUAAGGCCACUGAUCUACCACUCCAAAUGGACACAACCAUAAUAAUAUUAAUGUUUUCUUCAAAAGCUAAUUGCUUUUUCUUCAAUAUUUGCCUCUGUGGACACCAUAACAGCCAUAAAGAGUUAUAUAGCUUCAACCCCAUUACUGAAAUUAACAAAUUUGUUUCUUCUCUCUUUUGUUCUCUUCUGUUACUCUAUUUUUUAUGGUCAUUUAAAUUCAAUUGAUAGUUAAAAUAAAUCAGAAAGUGGUGGAGAUUGGACCUUUUUAUUUAUUAAUUUCCAUAGUGUAAAUUCAGUAGUGUUGAGAAGCAAACAAUAAAAUUGUAUUAAUUUUUUUAGCAGAAGAGAGAGCGAGAGAAAGAGAGAGAGAGAGAGAGAGAGAGAGAGAGAUGCUAUACAUAGUGGGAUUGGGAUUGGGUGACGAGAGAGACAUAACUCUUAGAGGCUUAGAGGAAGUGAAGCAAUGCGACAAGGUCUACAUCAAAUCUUAUACUUCUCUUCUCUCUUUCGGUAUCUCUUCAGAUGGCCUUUCUACCCCGGAAAAACUUUAUGGAAGGCCAGUGAUUCUUGCCGAUAGAGAAAUGGUUGAGGAAAAAGCCGAUGAAAUACUCUCAACUGCUCGUGUUUCUGAUGUGGCUUUCCUUGUAGUUGGUGACCCUUUUGGGCCAUGAUAGAGAAAACAAAUCUGGACCCAAGUGAAGUUGGGGAUAUAGUUGUUGGUACUGUUUUGCCACCUGGUUCACAAAGAGCAACAGAGUGCAGAACGGCAGCAAUCUAUGCUGGUUUUCCUGAUGCUGAGGGAUUUCAGAAACACUUUUUUGGUCAAGAAGAAAUAGCCAUCCCAGUCCAUUCAUCCAUUGAAGCAGCUUGUGCCGCACACCCUACUGUUGAUGUCUUUAUCAACUUUGCUUCAUUUAGAAGUGUUGUUGCCUCUUCAAUGUCUGUACUAAAGCAACCAACCGUUCGAGUUCAGGCUAUCAUUGCUAAAGGUGUACUCGAGUCUGAUGCUAAGCAAUUGAUUGUGGCUAUCAUUGCAUUAUUUGCUUAUGAUCGAGUUGUGGCUAUCAUUGCAUUAUUUGCUUCUGAAAAUUUGAGAAACUUCAUGUUGCAGAAACUAUUAGUACUAAAGAAUUAUGUCAACAUGUAAUAAGAAGAAUCACUAUAACCUAUCUGCUGUGUAUGUCUCGCAAUGUGUUUAUCUAGGCUAUCAAAAAGUGGUUAAAACAACUAGUGACCAUAACUGUUUUAACAAGAUUCCUCAAGUUCACUUACUUUGGUUCAGCUGCAGAGUUAGUUAAGUUGAUUUUUUAGUUUUGUUUUCGGGUUGGUUCUUUUGUAUUUUGGUGCACGUAUAUAAGUGAACCUUGCAUCAUUAUUUAUGUACACAGAUUUAGAGAGCAUUAAGAGAAAAAGAAGAGAGAAAGAGAGAGUUCAGUGAGUUAUAGAGGUUGGAGUUAAAGAGAGAGCAUUAUUUAUGUACACUAUUGUUGAUCAGUGUUGAAUGUUUUAAACUAAUUUGUGGAUUGUUAAUACAAUGUUGAAU